AUGGCCGAAGAAGAAGAAGAUGAGUCGCAAGCAGAGCAACGUAGCAAUGCGACUGGGACUGCCACACAGGACCACGCCGCACCAGACAUGCCCGAGACUAGACGGACAAGCACCAGCUCGAUGGGCAGGGAGACGCCUAGUAUGCAGGCCAGUCAAGCGAGUGGCUUCAGCGAGAGUGUGAGGCGGCAGAGGCCACGGCCGCUGGACUAUGGCUCAACCUCAGGCUCGAAUCGUCUACAACAGACCGUAUCACCACAACCCACGACGCCGAAACGACCGGGUGCCAAGCGUCAACCUUCUCAUGCAGCACCACAUCGCGGCGACAUGUUCUCGGUGGACGACGAUCCGAAUGAGCUGGAGAACGAUCUGCAGCGACACCGGACACGAACCAAGCGAGACGAGCAGCGGGAGAGGCAGGAAAGGCAACAGCAGUCGAUGCGGAGACAGCAGAGCACGCUACGGCGAAGACCUACCGCUCCACAACCGGCUCCUCAGCUGACUACAGUGGACAGCGAAGACCGGGAGGAGGAUGUGAGAGUAUCAGGCAAUGAUGCUGCACAUUCCCAAGCAGACGGCAAUGGCGACCCCAGCUCCGAAGAAACUCUUCAAGGCGAGGAGGAAGAGGAAGAGCCACCUACUCCAGAAGAUGACGAAGACGAGAACGAAGACGAUGACGACGCCGAUCUCAGCGACGCCGAAAGCUUCACAUUGAAAGACAGACAAGAAGCAAUCAACGAGACCCAUCCAUUCGGUAUCAGGAUCUGGAAACCUGCGCUGUACAAAAAGUCGCGUUCCGUUCAAAGAAACGCUGAAGGCGACAUUCACUCAGCGCCAGGUGGCAAUGUCAGUAGAUGGCUAGGCCUGUUCAACUUCCUCUGGACCAUAGUUUUCGGCUGGUGGCUCUCACUACUAGCUGGCGUGGGUGGCGUGAUAAACCUCGCCUUAUACCUCUGCCUCGGCUUCGAAAGCUGUCACGACUACGGCCGCGUGCUUAUAAAUCUAGCCCACUACCUCUUCUACCCGUUCGGUAAAUUCGUCAAGCUCGAGUACGAUGAAGCCUAUCUCGACGAGGACGAAGGCGAAGGCCGCAGUAUCAGCGAGUACGAGCGCUGGCAGACCGGCGACCUGGAAGAAGGCCGUCUCUUCUUCGGCCCCACAAGCACCCGCUCCAUCAUCGGCCAAUCGCGCGAAGAAGUCGAAGACCUCGAUCCCCCCGCCGACGAAACCGACGCUCUACUAGGCCGCCCCGCGCGCCAAAGCUCAGUCACCGAACGCGCGCAAGCAAAGACCAAAAAACGCCUCUUCGGCCGCGGGGAAUGGAAUCUCGGCCGCGUCAUCUUCUUCCUCUCCUUCUACUUCCUCCUAACCCCCUUCUUAUUCCUCGUCUCCGGCAUCUGUUGGUUCCUGGUCUUCACCAUCCCGAUGGGGAAAGUGACACUGCUCAUCUUCUACCAUUUACGCCGGCAUCCGUUGGCGUUGAGUUUCCAUACCGAUAGCCAUUAUGGACGGGGUCCGAAUAUGCCGCGCGGUGACUCUGGGUCCUCGAUCUUGCUUUGUACGUAUAGGGCUGUGGGGCUGAAGUAUUGGAAGUAUACGAUUGAUGGGACGAAUAUCUUCCUUAUCAACUUGCUUGGGUUGGUUUUCUUCGCCAUCUUCGAUUACUUCCUUCUUUACGAGGCGCUGGGCAUUAGGACGUGGCUUACUUCGCCUGGACUGGUGUUUGUGCUGGCGCUGGCGAGUAUUAUUCCUCUGGCUUACUUUAUCGGGCAAGCCGUUGCUUCGAUCUCGGCGCAGAGUAGUAUGGGUGUUGGCGCUACUAUCAAUGCUUUCUUCUCGACUGUCGUGGAGGUGUUUUUGUACUGCGUUGCGCUGAAGCAGGGGAAAGCGAAGCUCGUGGAGGGCAGCAUUAUUGGGUCGAUCUUCGCUGGUAUCUUGUUUCUGCCUGGACUGUCGAUGUGCUUCGGCGCGUUGAAGAGGAAGACGCAGCGGUUUAAUGUCCGAUCGGCUGGUGUCACGAGCACGAUGUUGCUGUUUGCCGUCAUUGGUGCUUUUGGACCCACGCUGUUCUACCAGAUCUAUGGCUCGCAUGAGUUGAACUGCCAUCAGUGCUUGAAGACCUCACCCGGGGAAGACCCAGAGGACCGCGACUGUCGACGAUGCUUCUUUGCGCAGGUCCCCGCCAUACACGAUCGGUUCUUCAUCGAGGCUGUCAGGCCAUAUAUCUACUUCGCUGCUGUCUGUCUCUUCUUUUCAUACGUGGUUGGACUUCUGUUCACGCUUCGCACGCACGCGGCGGUCAUCUGGAACAACGAGCCGGAUGAGAAGAAAGAUGCUAAGAUGGAUGAGGCGAUGAAGAAGUAUGAGGAGCGGCAUGGCGUGACGGCAGGCGCGAUGGCGAGUCUUUCCGCUCAAAUGCCGGAUGGCAUGAAUAGGCCUGGUAUGGCUCGUGGAGAGACUACCGGUACGAUGGGAAGCGUGGUGACGGUCACGAGGGAGAACAUCCGUGACAGUCAGAUGUAUAAGCGGAUCCUCAAUCAGAGUCUGCGACAAGCUGCUCUGGCGCCAGGUCAGAGUCAGAGCCAGAGUCUCAAGAAGAAGCCUGAUGGCGAUUCUGCGGAUCUAGACGCUUCACCCAUUGGCAAGGACCAACAACAGCAGCAGACGCCGCACAUGGUCCCACCGAAGAGUUCCGGCGGCGACGCAGAGAGCGUCAAGAGUAUUCGAAUCCACGGUCUGAGCUCGGAAGACAAUCGCGCGCUCGUGCAGCAGAUGGCUGAGGUCGCAGCCACAGCCGCCACGGUCGCAGCGCGGGAUGCGACGAGAGCGCCGAGGAAAGCAAUGAUCAUGUCCUCCACUGGCAUCGGACCCCCAAAGGGCCACGGCCACCACCACCACCAUAAUUCCACCGAAAGCACCCCCGCACUUCCAGCCGAAGACGGCACGGCCCGUCUCCCCCCUGUCCCCGAAACCACGCCCGACAAACCCGCCGAAGCAGCCGGAGGCCACGACGCCCCCAACUGGUCCCGCACAAAAUCCGCCAUCAUCCUCCUCACCGCCACCCUAGCCUACGCCAUCAUCGCGGAAAUCCUCGUAGACACCGUCGACGCCGUGCUAUCCAACAUCACCAUCGACGAGAAAUUCCUCGGCAUCACGCUCUUCGCCCUCGUGCCCAACACGACCGAAUUCCUGAACGCUAUUUCCUUCGCCAUGAACGGGAAUGUAGCUUUAUCCAUGGAAAUCGGUUCCAGUUACGCAUUACAAGUCAUGUUGUUGCAGAUCCCGUGUCUGGUCCUUUUCAGCGCGGUUUAUGCGAGGUUCUUCUCUCCGUUUCCCGAGGGGGCGGAGGAGGCGUGGGUCGGGGAUCAUACUUUCUCGAUGAUUUUCCCGCAGUGGGAUAUGGUUACUGUGAUUUUGGGAGUGUUUUUGAUGGGGUGGGUGGUCGGGGAGGGGAAGAGUAAUUAUUUCAAGGGGUCGACGUUGAUUCUGACGUAUUUGGUUGUUGCCGUUGGAUUUUGGUUUAGUGGGUUUGUUGAUACGGAUACUGUGGGACCGGAUCGAUUCGAGCUCGCUGGGUUGGGGUUGUAUUCGGAGACGUUCAAGACGGUUGGGAGGGGGAGUAGUGGGAGGGCUUAUUGA